GCCUUCUGUCCAAUAUAAUGGGAAUAUAUGGCACACGGCUAGUGGUGCUCAAUGUGUAUUUCUUUAUUUUGGGGUGAACAUCCCCUUUAAGUCAGCGUAGUCACCAGUUGUUAGGGUUCAUUAUUUGAUACACCCGCUAUUUAUUAGGUUAAAUUUCAGUUCAAAGCAGACAGUGUCUAAACUAAGGAGCAGUUUUCCUGUUCAUAUAUGGAGGCAAGUUAGGCAUUCAUAUGAAAAUAGAUGCCCCUUACGGAUGCAUAGAGAUGUUUUUUUAAACCCAUAAUUACAUCGUAUUGGUUGCUGAGUUGUUCCUCGUGUCUCUUUAGAUACUCAAGAUGCCAUGCACUACGGUUUUUAUAACUGCAAAGAUGACUUUUUAGACCUGCAGUGUGGUCAGAUAUUUUUUGUGACACACCUCUCAUGCAUAGCAAAGAGGCAUGUUGUGUCAUUCUAAUACAUUCCUCCUUAAAUACACUCAAAACCACCAUUCUCUGUUCUGAGAUUUGUAGGAAACAAUAUGCAUCCGAAAGCCAUUCAGCAACAAACUGCCAUAAUCAAUAUUAAGUUCACAGUUCAUUUUCAAAAAGCAUGGAAGGAAAAAAGUUGAAAAAUCCAGUAAUGCCUGAAGAUAAAAACAUAGCCACAUUUAUCCAUAGCUUUUCAGAUGUGGAGGAGGGAGAUUGUCUGGAUUGAUUUUCUCUUCGUGAAAGAGAGAGAUGGUGGGGGAUUAACUACUACUUGGUUACCUUCCAUGCAGUGUGUGUGGGUGGGAAAGCAAUGGGGGCUGCCUGUGUAUUUCUGUCACGUGUGGCCAGGCUCAUUAGUCUAUACACUUACAUUACAGAGGCAUUUGAUGUCCAGUGUGGGUGUUCAUAGGAUUUCUGUUUGCUGUUGGUGCAGUGGAAACACCAUCACUAUAUAACUGUCAUGUGGAGGUGGCUGUGAUUGAACAUUUGUGCUGUUGUGGUGCGAGGUGAGAUGGAAAAAGUAACUUUCCAAUCUGACAUUUUGUGGGAUUCCCCCCUUUUUUUUCUUUUCAUUUCCAGUCGGCAGUGAGCUUCCGUAUUCAUCGGAGGAGGCUUUUACAUGGCAGGAAAAGAAAAGAAAUGACUGCAAUUGAGAGUCAGUGAUUGGGAGAUGAAGAAAAGAUGGAACUCUUCUCCCCUCCCCUUCCUGUGCGAUGUCAAACCCUAUUCUCUCUGCUUCAAUGAUUGACGUCACACGAAAGGAGACCAAUCAGAGCUCUCAGACUUCCCUGUUUAUCUUGCCCAGCUCCUCCCCUUGCCAUGGUCCUUUAUAUAUCCCCCGCCACUACAGUCAGCAGAGUGUACAAUGUGCUGCCAGAGAGACAGCAAGAGAGGGAGGGAGAGAAGGGGAAAGUGUGAGUGGAUUUCAGCGCUGACUUAGAAGCCUUCAUCUUCAGUCAUCUCUCCGGUGUCUUAGAAAGCUCCUUCUCCUUUCUCUCUUUUUGUGCCUUUCUCUUUUUCUUUCUGCGUCUCCAGGCCAGAGCUGACUGCGAACGUGAUCCAAGAGGCCCACGCUGCAGCCUGGCUUCAGGAUCCCCCAGCUCACAACAUCAGGAUGGGCUGUACAACAGGCCACCUGGCUUGCCAACCCCAGACCAACACGGGACAGGAGGGUCAGUCCCUGGAGGCUGGCGGGGCCAAAGUCCCCGAGGUGCUGUCCUCUCUGGAGCGUCUGUCCCAGGCCACCGGUGGCAUGGAGAAGUCCUGGUACCGCUGCAUCUUUCCCUUCGGAAUCAUCUCUCUGGUGAUUGGCGUCGCGGGAACCGGGGUGACCUACACCUAUAAUGACCUGCCUCAGACGAAAGUGGUGUCGGUGGUUCUACUUGUCAUGGGUGUUUUGCUGUUGCUGACGGCCACUGCCUGUUGGAUUGUCCACAAGAAGAAGAGAAGGAAAAAGAAAGAGGGAGGCUCGUUCACCUCUGAGCAGUGUCCCCUGUGAAGCACAUGGGGAAAAACAGUGGUAGGAACUUGAAAGUAGAGACAUACCAACUGCUGGGAGCUCAAAGGUUGGCUAAAGAAGCCGCCACUUCACCUCCUCCCAGCGCCUAAUCCCCUCUAUUCUUUAUCACAGAGUUUCGGCUCAGCUCAUACCGGAGAGAACUUAAGCUGAGAAAUCAUAGAGAGUGGAAGUUUGGACCAUUUUGGAUUGACAAGGAGGGAUCACCGAUGCCUCACACGCUCUUUUAUCAUCAGACGGCAGGUGUCCAGUGUCAAAACAACCUCAGAGGAGACACACAAAUAUGCAUUGCACACUACAUGCAUAUUUACACACACGGAUACAUGGCCCUCGCAGUCCUCGCUCACAUAUGCACUAGCGGUCACAGUGGGAGCUCGCGCAGACACCUAACACGCUAUGCAGAGCUGCUGCCGGAUUCAAUGCUGGCGUCACUAGGCACGUCAGUCGCAGCAUUCCUCUUGCCAGGACAGGUGACUCUCCAAGAGGCCAGAAGUGGGCCAAAGACGGCAACCUGAUACCCGGGCCGAAAGAGCAGGGCACCCGCGUCAGUGGCCAGCGUCAUUCACUCGUCCUGUGACACCGCAGCAAUGUGUUGGGAGCUUUUUUUACGCAACGGGAGAGUGGAACUUGAGUCCAGCAGGAUCUUAGUGGCAUCUGUGUGAACGAUGAGCCGGAGAGAGGGCAGAGGACCUGCUGGGGAAGUGGAAGGUGUUUGUGUGUGCUCAAAUAAAGAUUCUGGUCAACUGAAAGUCUGUUGGACCUUUGGGCUUCACUACUGAGAAGCAAAAGAUUUUCACAUGUAGCCAUGUUCACGCCAAGCGAGAGGAACUUCUAGUCAAGCAACAUGCUCCGAAAGGCCUUUUGUAGCUUCAGCUUCACACUACAAAGGAGUGGGGCACUGACUUUCAAUGUGCGCACAUUUACGCCCAGCCUAGUUUCUUCGUGGGGCACCUCAAACCCACACAGGACAGGCCAGGAUUACUGAAGGACACUACCCGAGGGGACAUGCCACUGUAGGAACACUUUGACUGAUCCUGCUCCCCUAGGGCCCCUCCCUCUUGGUGCCUUGAGCAAGCACUCAUGGAAAAAGGCUCUGUCGCAUUCCGCUGUUUCCAUCUGAACCCCUGAGAAUUUCCCCCCUUGUUUACUCUCUCUCUCUCUCUCUCUCUCUCUCUCUCUCUCUCUCUCUCUCUCUCACUUUACCCCAACAGGACUCUCCUCAUUCAUCCCACAUGCCUUCCUCUAUCCUAAAUCCCCAGUUUCUGACUUGAUCCCCUCAUUUCCCCAUUGUUAUAUAGCCCAGCCACACACACUUAAAUGUAAGGCUCAUAGUACACAGACAUUUGUCUUUAUCACUCCUUGCCAAAGAAAAUUGGAUAGUUUUGCUCUCAAUGUGGGAAGUAUUGAAAAUAUG